AUGCCGCUCUUCCAGCGGGAGAGCUCCACGACCUCGAAGCGGGGCAUCGCCGCGAGCAAGAGCGAGCUCCUCGCGCGGCUCGCCGAGUUCUCGGCCGUCGACGACAGCGCCUACCUCAGUGAGGAGGGCUUCGUCGAGGCGCGGCGCGCCGCCGUGCGGCAGCAGCGGCGGCUCGUGCGGCGGAGCGACGAGGGCAGCGGCUUCCUCUGCGCGCCGUCGACGCGCAAGAGCUCGCAGCGGCACCGCGUCUGGCAGCCCGACGACGUCCGCGCUCCCUGGAUCGAGUACGACAAAGUCUGCGCGGAAGGCGCGAGGACGCUCGAGCGGCCCCGGAGCGCCGUGCGGGGCGGCGCGGGCGUCACGGAGCGCUUCGCGGGCCUCGGUGGCGCGCGCGCGGCGCCGCGGCCGGGCAGCGCCGCGGCGCUGCGCCGCGCGUCCAUGUUCCACUCGUUUUGGCUGACUUUUGGACGAGCGAUCGCGUCCACGGCGCUCCUCACGGAUUACAAGGCGUCGGCCGCCGCGCCCGCGACGAAGCCGCGGCGCUUCGCGCGCGUGGACCCCAACGUGCCGGCGACGCGGCGGUCCCUGCUGACGCGCCAGCUCAGCGCGUCGACGCUGCCGCGGCCCGUCGCCGCGGACGUCAUCCUCGACGACGUGCCCGACGCCGUCGACGACUGGGACGUCGACGUCGACGUCGCCGCGGCGCUGCGCCCGGGCAAGCGCGUCGUCACGGCCUGGACGGCGAGCUUCCGGAGCGGCUACGCCCACGGCUUCGAGUCGCUGGCCGUCUACGCGGAGGCGACGCUGGGCGAGGCCGAGUGCCGGACGUGGUCCGUCGAGGACGACCGCGCGACGCCCAUGCCGGCCUACGCGGCCGUGAGCUGCGACCUGCUGGCGAAGCUGUCGCCGCUGCUCAUGCGCGGCGAGCACGGGCCCCUCGUCGCGAAGCUCGCGGCCGCGCUCCGGGAGUGCGUCUACGUCGACCCCGGGACGGACGAGGACGCGCGGGAGCUCUUCGCGGACGAGACCUGGUUCGACCGGUGCCUGCGCGUGGAGCGCGAGCUCGAGCGCCUCAAGGAGGACAUGAAGCUCGCGCGCGCGGGCGUCACGCUGAAGAACCAGCUCGAGAAGCGGCUCCCGGGGCGGGAAAAGAGAGCGACAUUCCCAAAGGCUCCCAUCUCGGCCGGUUUCCACUCGCGGCUCCGGCAGGAGUACGCGGCGAUGCACAAGUUCCUGCAGCACACGUGCCUGACGGCGUGGAUCGGCUGGCACAAGCUGCGGAAGCUGCGCGUCCGCCAGAUGCGCGCGCGCUGGGGCCGGAACGCCAUCUUCCUCCGCUGGCGCCGCGCCGCGCGCGAGGGCCUGCUCCGCGAGCGCGCGGCCGCGGCCGGCCCGCCGCGAGUCCGCGAGUCGCUCCUCGAGCGGUUCCGCCAGGACAAGCACGCGUCCAUGCACGACCGCUUCUUCGACGAGGAGGAGCCCGAGGAGCUCGACGACGACGCGCCCGUGGACCCCAUGCAGCGCCUCCUGGCGCUCAACCGCAUGAAGCGGCUCCACGACGGGCGGAACACGCGCGUGACGCGCGUGUUGCGGGACGGCGGCCCGGAGGUCAUCGACAAGGCGACGUCGACGCCCGCGGACUGGGAGGUGCGCACGCAGAAGACGAUGAUCGCCGAGGCCAAGGACAAAGACGACCACUCGAAGAACGUGAACCUGAAGCGCGCGCUCGGCAGGACGGACAAGGUCGCGGAGAUGCCCGUGGAGAAGGCCGUGUCGCUGAUCCCGCUCAUCUUCGAGGAGCUCGUCAACUACUGGGGCCCCCGCGCCUACCACAACCUCAACCUCGACGUCGACUGGACCGCGCCGCGGAAGCGCGCGCACAAGGUCCAGGUCGAGCUCGCGACGAACGCGACGGUGCGCAAGUACGGCCUCAAGACGCUGGCCGUGUCCCACCUCCGCGCCCUCUGCCGGUCCGUCGAGAAGCUCGCGUCGAAGAACAAGCGCCUCCGCCUCUUCGGCGAGCUCUUCGGCAUCGUCCCCGAGGAGCCGCACGGCCUCGGCGACGUCGGCGCGCACGUCGCGCUCUUCGCGCGCCUCUGGCCCGAGUACCUCGCGCGCGUCCAGAGCCGCGUCGAGACGUCCGUGCACGCGGUGCUCUCCGGGUCGAGCCGGCUCGAGCUCCGCGCGCUCCGCGACGCCGUCGCCGUCGUCUUCAAGCACACGGCCGAGGAGCUCGUCAACAAGCUGAACCGGCUGCCGCACACCUUCAAGAAGGACGUGCGCGGCGGCAUGGUCGACGCCGACGACGCGCUCGCGGAGCUCUUCGCGCGGGACCGCUGGGCGUUGGAGCUCGCGAAGUCGCGGGCCGCGCAGGCGGAGAUGCGCGGCUGCCUCGUGCUCCAGCGGAACCUGCGGCGCUUCCGCGAGGCCGUGGGGCUGCGGGCCAGGCAGCGGCGGCUCUGGGUGGACCACUUCGAGCACCACGCGACGCCCGAGGGCUGCAUGGAGUUCUUCGACUUCAACGCCGCGGUCGUCGAGGGCACGGCCGCGCCGCCGGCCGAGGCGCUGGUCAUGCGGCUCUACACGGAGUGGGGCACGGUCGCCGAGGAGUACGCGGACAAGGAGCGCGAGGGCAAGCUCAUCCGCAUCGCGCGGGACGGGGCGGGACACGAGCGCGACGCGCCCGACGCGCUGGAGAUCGCGUGCUUCGUCGUCCAGAAGAACUACAUCGCGCGGUGCUGGCGGAAGCGGAAGUCGAAGACCCAGAACGAGGCCCUCGAGUUCCUGCGGGGCGAGAAGCCCCGCUGGACCGAGGCGUCCAUGGCGCGCCUCUCGGCGAACCUCGCGCUGCGGCGGUGGCGGAGGCAGAUGAUCCGCGCGGACCCGGAGGCGCUCUUCGCGGACGCGCACAACGACGCCGAGGUGGCCUACAUCCUCGAGGCGCGGCGCGGCUUCGAGGCGAACUCGAAGGCCUUCGCCGCCGUGCUCCACACGAUGCUCAUGCGCGCAGCCGGCCGCCUCGCGAAGCGCGCGCGGCGCACGACGGUCGCGGCGACGCGGUCCUACGUGGCGCCGCUCAAGGAGCUCGACUUUUGCAUCAACGAGGUCCACGACUUCGAGGCCCACUACGCCAAGCACUUCGGCGACCGGGAGCACGUCAACGCCGAGACGCUCGACAUGGUGCUCACGGAGGUGGCCAAGUUCUGCGAGAACGAGCUCGCGCCGCUCAACGAGGCCGGCGACGCCGAGGGCUGCACCUGGGUCGACGAGCGGACCGUGACGACGCCAAAGGGCUACAAGGCCGCCUACGACCAGUUCGUCGAGGGCGGCUGGCAGGGCCUGAGCUUCCCGGAGAAGUACGGCGGCCAGGAGCUGCCCUACUCCUACUCCAUCUUCCAGGCGGACAUGAUGGCGACGGCGAACUGGACCUGGACCAUGUACCCGGGCCUGUCGAAGGGCGCGAUCAACACGAUCUACAGCCACUGCACGGAGGAAUUGAAGGACAAGUACCUCCCGCCCCUGGUGUCCGGCGAGUGGACGGGCACCAUGUGCCUCACGGAGCCCGCCUGCGGGUCGGACCUGGCGCAGGUCGCGACGAAGGCCGUGCCGAACGGCGACGGCUCCUACAAGAUCACGGGCACGAAGAUCUUCAUCUCCUGCGGCGACCACGACAUGACGGACAACGUGCUCCACUGCGUGCUCGCGCGCCUGCCCGGCGCGCCCGAGGGCACCAAGGGCAUCUCCCUCUUCCUCGUGCCGAAGCACCUCGUCGGCGACGACGGCGCCGUCGGCGACUUCAACAAAACGAACAUCGGCCGCAUCGAGGACAAGAUGGGCUGCCACGGGUCGUCGACCUGCGAGAUCAACUUCGACGAGUCCGCGGGCUGGCUCAUCGGGUCGGAGAACAAGGGCCUGAACCACAUGUUCACGUUCAUCAACACGUCGCGCCUCGGCACGGCGAUGCAGGGCGUCGCGGCGGCGGAGCUCGCGUUCCAGAACGGGCUGCCCUACGCCAAGGACCGCCUCGCCAUGCGCGCGCUGGAUCGCAAGAACGUGGACCGCGAACCGGACAAGGCCGCGGACCCCAUCAUCGCCCACCCGGACGUGCGCCGCAUGCUCCUGACCCAGAAGGCCGUCGCCGAGGGCGGCCGGUCGAUGGUCUUCGAGUGCGCGCUCAUCGUCGACGAGAUGCAGCUCGCGACGGAGGCGGGCGACACGGCCAAGUACGAGGCGCUCGACGACCGCCUCGGGUUCCUGACGCCCAUCCUCAAGGGCUACCUCACGGAGAUGGGCGUCGAGGCCGCGAACCUCGGCAUCCAGAUCUUCGGCGGCCACGGCUACAUCAAGUCCAACAAGCAGGAGCAGGUCGUGCGCGACGCGCGCAUCGCGCCCGUCUGGGAGGGCACGACGCAGAUCCAGGCGCUGGACCUGCUGGGCCGGAAGGUCCUCCUGCAAAAGCUCGCGCCCAUCAACCACCACUGCAAGGGCGUCGCGAAAUUCGCGUUCGACGCGCUGGUCGCGGGCGGCACGUCGAGCGACGGCGGGAACAUCCGGAGCCACGCCUUCCAGCUGCUGAAGCACGUCGCCGAGUGGUACUGGCUCACGCUGUCCAUCGGCAAAAAGGCCAUGAAGGACCGCGACAUCGUCGGCUCCGCGUCCGUCGACUACCUCAUGUUCGCGGGCCACGUCACGCUCGCGGAGCACUGGCUCAAGAUGGAGCUCGCCGCCGACGCCCAGCUGGCUCAGGGCGGCGGCGGCCAGGACCCGGACUUCUACAAGGCCAAGAUCGCGACGGCGCGCUUCGCGUUCGAGAAGAUCCUCCCCCGCGCGCGCGGCAACGUCGCCACGAUGCUCGCGCCGUCCGACGUCACGACGAGCCUCCCCAAGGGCCACUUCUCCUUCGACUACUAG